GCGACGCAACGGCCAAGUCCGCGGGGUGUGUGGCUGAUUCGAGCGCAGAGCCCGAGCCGAGCCUCUGCGCCUCUGCGCCCGCGCGCUUGAAGCUGAGGACCGGAGCUGCCGACUCGCCAUGCCGGACCCUGCGCUGGCACUGCCCAUCGCGCUGGCAAAGAUCACGCCGAUGGCCCCGUUGGCGGCAGACGCGCUGCACCAGGCCAUAGACGAGCAGUUCAACAUUUACUCGGACCAGCGCGACAGCCUUUUCCAGAACGCCAAGGAUACCAUCAUCGCGGCCCGAUCUGCGCUGGCCCAGGCGGAGCCAGAGGUCACGGAGCAAGGGGUCGGCUUUUUGGGAGUCUUCGGCGCUUUCAUGGACUUCACCAACCAGUAUUUCAACUGCUUCAAGGACAAGAAGCUGCAGAGACAAGAGUAGAGGCAAUGCGGCUGCUGUGCGUCUGACGCGCGCUGAGACGCCUCGACCGACUGCAAUUGGCGGGCUGAGAGCUGCGGAAGUUGCUACGCGAAUGGCAGCUACGGCAUCUUGGCCCUUGCCCGAAGAAGUUGUUUGCAAACAUGGACGUGAUUGUUUUGUCCCGACUGUGCUGCUUUCUUUUUUGUCUUCGACUGGCAACGCACGACCUUGUCACCGGACAUUGCUUUGUCUUGCAUUCGACUCACCCUCCUGAACAGAGGUCAGCAGAUUGGACAGUUAGAUGGGCAGACAGAACGACCUGGACAUUGCGGCUCCGUUGACCGUCGCGUCGCGGUA